AUGCAAAUACAGCGAGCUUGGAAGUUGGAAGAAGAUGAAUGGUUGCCAGAAACAAAGCUUCGUAUCGUAUCGAUGCAAACAAAUGAUAACUGGAGUGAAAAACGAAACAUAUCCGAUAAUGGGUCCGCAUUCAAGUCUACAAAAAUCAACAGUUUUGUGAGACGCCAUAAUAUUGAUUGGAGAUACUCGACGAUCUAUUACCCUCGGGCAAAUGGAUUAGCUGAGGCCUUCAACAAAACCUUCGUACAAAUUGUUAAAAAGACCCUUGAUGAUAACAAGCGACAGUGGGAUGAGCGGUUGGUGGAAGCUCUGUGGGCUUAUCGUACCACUUAUAGAACCCUGACCCAAUCCACCCCGUUUGCACUAGUGUAUAGAUCUGAGGCCGUCCUACCCUUGGAAAUACAAAUCCCUUCGCUCAAGAUUGCAGUUCAUAAUCAGAUUACAAAUGAACAAAAUGCAAAACUGCGGUUGGAAGAACUCGAAGGCUUGAAGAGCGACGUCUCCAAGCUCAACAAAGUUUAG